AUGUUGCUCUCCAACGGUCACAACAAUCUGGUCAAGCUCGCCGCCACUGGGAGCCACGACAUCAGCAAAUGCAUCUCCGGGGUGACGGAAUGGUCAGCGCCCGGUUCCGCGCUCAAGAUUGUCUUCGCCCUCAUGAUCCUGCUGGGUGCCCCCGGCAACGGGGCCGUCAUCUGGGUGACAGGCUUCAACAUGGGGAGGAACGUGUACACGGUGUGUUUCCUCAACCUGGCGGUGGCCGACCUAUCCUACUGCCUCAUCUUCCCCACCCUGCUGGCCUACAGCUGCCUGCCCGGUUAUUCUUCCAGUAACACAUUCUGGAGAUUGCUCCGAUGGAUCUUCAAAUUCCACAUGUCCACCAUUGCUCUGUUGUUAACCCUGAUCAGCAUCGUGUGGUGCCUGGCCAUCACUCGGCCUGUCUGGUUUCAUUACCACAAGGGCCUGGUUUGGGUGCGUGCGGCCUGCUUCGGGGCCUGGGGCCUGGCCUUCCUCCUUUGCCUGCCUGAACUCUUGCAUCUCUCCACUGAGUCGUAUUCGAUGGACGAGCCCUGGGUUACAUUGGAGGUAACUGGGAACAUCCUGUCCUUCGGCCCUCCCCUCCUGAUCAUGGCCGUGUGCUACCUUCUGAUUGGCCGGAAGCUGAAGGGGAGAACGUUCACCAAACCCAGGUACCUCAUUCAUCUCAUCAUUACAAUGGUCUCUGUUUUUAUUGUCUGCUGGCUCCCCAUCACUGUUUGUGACACACUCUGGAAAUUAUCAAUAUGCAUUCCCCUGCAGUCUUUGUAUUACACUUCCUCCUUGGGCUCCUUGAACUGCGUCUUCAACCCCCUCAUCUACGUCUUCUCCGGCCGCGACUUCCGCCAGGUCUUCAGGCGUUCUCUGGCCGCCACUCUGCGUUUGGCCUUCACCGAGGAGAAGAUGGAAUUGGGGAACGAUCCUCCCAUCCACACGGUUUCUGCAGAGACAAGAAACUGA